AUCAUUGUUGUGGAGACCAUCAAUGAUGCCUUUUCCUGAUAAAGAACAAAGAAAAAAAUGUUGGGAUUCCAGAGACUCAUACUGGGAAUGCUUAGAGCAAAAUAAUGAAGAUAAAACAAAGUGUCAAGAAAAAAGAGAAUAUUUUGUGAAGGAGUGCCCAAAUAGAUGGGUUGACCAUUUUGAUCGGAAAAGGGACUAUAUUAAAUUUAAAGAAAAGGUGCAAACAGCAGAUCCUGUUGAAGUGCUAAAAAAAUCUUGAUGAAACAUUAACUACUAGAUAAUUGAGUGUAUAUCGUUUUUAUUAUUUAGUUACUUGAAAUAUAGUUCAUUUUAUUUGAAACAGCUUCAUUUUAUUUAAAAUUUACUUCUCAAAAUGUGCUUAAAUAUUAAUGGCUUCAUGCUGCAAAUAUAACCAAGUUCAUUUUAAAACAUUAAAGUGCUAGCAUUUUUAUUUUAGUUUGAAAGUAUGUUUCCAAUGAUGUGGGAGCAUUGUGUUAGAACAUUUUUAAAAUGCAUUAAAAAAUUUGUUAUGUGCAAUAGAACAUGGGUUUCAUUAAUAGUGUUAAAAUGUAUAAUGAAUAAAGGAAAUUUAAAACAUAUUUAUAAAAAUGUUUAUAUUUAAUUAUUGAGCAAUUCUUUUUGUAUUUUUAAGCAAUGAUUAAGUUUUGUAUAUCCACUGAUAUCAUAUUUGUUUUCAGUCUCGAAUAAAAAAUUUACUUUGUAAUCUGAAUUUUCCUACAUUCAAAUUUUAUGAUAGUUGUACA